AUCCCAAUUGCACACCCUAAUUCCCAAAUUGAGAAUUAAAUAAUAAUAAUAAUAGGAGUAAAACCCAAAAAAAAAAAGAGGAAAGGGAAGAACAACAAAUACUUCAUUGUUUCUUCUACUUGUGUGUUACUUCAAUCACCAAUUCAAAUCCAAAUCCAAAUCCAAAUCCUCAUCUCAUGACGUAGCCAUUUCACUUCACUCUACCAAGAUGCAGAUACAGAUGCAGCCAUACAAUAGACUACCAAGUAGCGGCCAUACAACACCAUCUCCGCCGCAAUCACCAUCAGUUAGGUCACCUAGGUACCGCCAUGGCCGUUCUAAACAAAGACCUGGACAAGGUUUACCUCCUCCAAGAACAUUGGCUCAUCGAUUGGCGUACUUAGUUCUUUCUGUUCUUCUUCGGAGACAAGGAAUUUUUCUUUUCGCACCCUUAAUUUAUAUUUCUGGGAUGUUAUUUUAUAUGGGUACUGUUUCGUUUGAUGUGGGUCCUGUUAUUACUCAUUAUCCUGCUCCUGGGUCUGUUUAUCGUAGCCCGCAACUUUAUGCUAAGCUUCGGCCUGAGAUGGAUUCCGAUAAUUCUACUGCGGAUGCGAUAUCAACUAUAUGGGAAAAUUCGUACAAGGGUGGUGAGUGGACACCUUGUGUAAACACGUCUACAAGAGGAUUGCCUGAUUCAAAUGGUUAUAUUUAUGUUGAGGCAAACGGCGGCUUGAAUCAGCAGAGAGCAUCAAUAUGCAAUGCAGUAGCUGUGGCAGGAUACCUUAAUGCCACACUUGUCAUUCCAAAUUUUCAUUUUCAUAGCAUCUGGAGGGAUCCUAGUAAGUUCAGUGACAUUUAUGAUGAAGAUUAUUUCAUGAAUAUGUUGCAAAACCAAGUACAUGUUGUUAAUAUGAUUCCUGAUUACCUGAUGGCCCGUUAUGACCACAACAUGAGCAACGUAUACAACUUCAGAAUUAAAGCAUGGUCUUCUAUUCAAUUUUAUAAAGACAAUGUCCUACCACGAUUGCUUGAGGAGAAGGUUAUAAGGAUCUCUCCAUUUGCGAAUCGAUUGUCAUUUGACGCUCCUCCAGCUGUUCAGCGACUAAGGUGCUUGGCUAAUUUUGAAGCUUUAAGGUUCUCAAGUCCUAUCUUGAUGUUGGGAGAAGCAUUGGUUGCAAGGAUGAAAGAGCGUAGCGUAAGCAGUGGUGGUAAAUACGUAUCUGUGCAUCUUCGUUUUGAAGAGGAUAUGGUUGCAUUCUCAUGCUGUAUAUUUGACGGCGGUAAGCAAGAAAAAAUAGACAUGGAAGCAGCAAGAGAAAGAGGUUGGAGGGGAAAAUUUACUAAGCCUGGUAGGAUUAUUCGUCCUGGUGCAAUCAGAAUCAAUGGAAAAUGUCCACUAACACCAUUGGAGGUUGGCUUGAUGCUUCGUGGCAUGGGCUUUGAUAGAAACACAUCUAUCUAUCUGGCUUCAGGAAAGAUCUAUGAUGCUGACAGAAAUAUGGCACCUUUAUUUGAAAUGUUCCCUCUUUUGCAAACCAAGGAGAUGCUCGCAUCUCCAGAAGAACUUACGCCAUAUAUGAAUUAUUCCUCCAGGAUGGCUGCUAUAGAUUAUACUGUAUGCCUACAUAGUGAAGUCUUUGUUACCACUCAAGGUGGUAAUUUCCCUCAUUUCUUAAUGGGCCAUCGGAGAUAUUUGUAUGGUGGGCAUUCUAAGACGAUAAAGCCUGACAAGCGAAAGUUGGCACAAAUCUUUGAUAAUCCUAAUAUCGGAUGGAAAACAUUCAAGAGGCAUAUGUUAAACAUGCGAUCGCAUAGUGAUUCGAAGGGUUUUGAGCUGAAAAGGCCAAAUGAUUCAAUUUACAGUUUCCCAUGUCCGGAUUGUAUGUGCCGUGUCAAUGUCAGUAAAUCAGAAGAUUCAAGAUUAACGUCUGGGACGUGAUCAAAAUCAAAAUCACAUUUGUGGGUUAUUUUUCACUUUUUGAUACUGCAAAGUAAACGUGGUUGACUGCCGAAGCCCCAUUUACAUUGAUUCUUUGAUUCUUUUCCCCCCUUCACUCGACGGGAAAGGGGCUACGCAGUUGAGUUUUGGGAACCCUAAAUAUUCUGUUGGACAGAGCAGAUCUUAUUAUUUCAUCAGAGUGGGGCAAGCAUCUCUUUGUACAUUUGGAACCGGAAGUCACAUCAUUCACCCUUUCUAUUGACGGAACGCUCGAGUUGCAGCUGAUGUAUCUAACAAGCUGUGAGACGAAUUUUCUAAUCCUCCCCAUUUUUGUUUAUUCUUUUCUCUGAAUUGUACAUGAUACAAUUCAGAUGUGUCGUGUGUAAAUUGUACAAAGCAGGUUGAUGUUGGAGAUGUGUAUACUUUCUUUAGCCUAAUCAAUUCUUUUACAAGUCUUUUAUUCUUUUCAUUAUUGCGCGUCUUUUUCUCUCCCUGUACUUCGUGUUCGUUUUAGUUACAGAAGAAUUGGGUGGAAAUUCAAUCAAUUUGUGUAGGUUGGGUACUUUUUAAAGCUUCACAGAAUCACAGGUAUUCAAGUGGGUUCAACUCGAGCCCGAUCUCCUUGUUUGGCAAUUGGCAAUUAGCUACUCUUUUGGGAAACCGUCUCUAGGCGAGAUGAGCUCAAAACGAAAACUUAAUAUGCUAAUAAUUUGUAUUUGUUGCGCUAUUUAACCUAUAUAUAUAUAGAGUGCGUCGCACGAUAGAACCGACUCAUUCAAGAAUUUAUGAUUGGCAAUUGAUGCGUUGCUCCCAAGCUAAUACCCUAAGGCUCAAACUAUAUGAAACUAGAGAAAUUAAUGUGAGAGAUCGCUACCAAAGAGUAUGUUGUUCGGUCCUUAUCUUAUAGAAGUAUAAUAAUGCACAACUUAAAGAAAUGUUCUCUCAAUUUAUCUUCAAUAAUCAAUAUCCAAUAUAUACAACUUCAAGACCUUUUUAUAGGUUUAAUUUUGAAUUCUAUGUUAUAUAGAGGAUAUAUUAACACAUCUAUCUUAAUAUGCACGUCUCAACUACCCUGAUUUA